UUUACAUUCACAAAAAAAAUUUUUCUGCGAAACAGUUCCUUAAAAUGCUACUUUCCUAUAAAGUAGCUACGUUUUUAUUUCUGAUUAGUGUUAGUCAUGCUAAAGCACAGGCUGUUGAAGCCAAAACAGAAGCAUCCUGUGGAUAUCUAAACAGAAAAAUAUAUUGUUUUGGUGGCAAAGCACAAGUCAACAGCAUAGCAGGGACUAGUACAGUCAUGCUUGAUAUAUUUAAUAGUAGUGGAAUUACAGCAGAUGAGUUCACUAACCAUUGGGUCACCGUUGCCCCAAUAACAAAUGGCUUGGAUAUUAGAGGAAGAAGUGGAAUAGCAACUGUUUCAUUACCGGAUGAAAAAACCAUGUUACUUCUCGGUGGUGGAGAAAGUGGGAGCACAAAACUUGCUUCCCAGAUGUUAGCUUUUAAUGGAGAAACUGUAUCAUGGCAAGGAUAUCCGGAUUACACGGAAGAACCGUAUGGUGUCAGAGAAAUUUACUUUGCAGCUGCAUCAUACAUUCCUGAUCACGGGGUUGCAUUAUAUGGUGGCCUUCAGGCUAACUUUGGUACAAAUUAUGUUGUGCCAGGUGUGAACAUAUCUGAUUUUCUUGAUAAUGUUGCCAAUGUUGGAUAUUUUGGAUUUACCAGCUUAACAUUUUUGGAUAUUAGUAACCCGUCAAACCCCUGGUCAGUUUAUCCAACCCAAACUAAUAAGCCGGGUAUAUUAUCGAGAUGUCAAACAUCAAUUUACGACUCCAAAACCAGCCGUAUUUUUUAUUUUGGUGGUAGAUAUCAAACACCACCAAGCGUUAUAAAUGAACAAUUUACUUUUAAUAAAAGUAUGACAUUUGAUGUAACAAAAGGAGAAUGGGGGACGCAAACACUCAGUGGAACUGAACCGAUCGAAAGAAUGGGUCAUAGUACUACAUUAAUCGGGCCUAAUAAGAGAGACGUAUUGUUGUAUGGGGGCAAUAGCAAUUUAGUAAAUCAACCAAUUCAAGUUCGAUCCGAUUACUGCUUUACCUUAAAUCUUGACACUUUCCAGUGGACUCGGCAAUCAAUCGAAGCCAAAAGCAACCCGAUUUUAAUUAGAACAAAACACUCAGCUGUUGUUGUAGAUAAUGAUACGGUGUUUAUCUUAUUUGGAAUUGAUACUAAUGAAAACCCGAUUCUUCCUUUGUUGACGCUGAAUGUUUCAAAUCCUUUAAAGGUUACUUGGCUUGAAAAAUAUGUGUCUGCCGCAGUUAUGCCUAAUACAAAUUCCACUUCGGUUGACGAAUCUACAAAUACCAAGUCAGCUGACGAAUCUACAUAUAGCAACUCGACUGGCGAAGCAAAACUUUCUACAAAUUCUAAAUUAAGCACAGGGGCUAUCGUGGGUAUUGCAGUUGGUGCAGCAGUAGUUGGAGUUGUAGCAACCAUUAUUUAUUUUUGUUUGAUCAGAAAGAGAAAAGCCGAAAAAAAAAGACUCGCAAUUGAAGAGAAGGGAAUGCACCAAAGGAACGAACCACUUAUGGAAGUGAAUUGGGAUGAAAUCGAUAAAAAGUAUGUAGAAGAUCCUACUAACUCAACGGGAGAGGGUGGAUAUCCACUUCAAUCCUCUAACCAUAUUAGCUCAGGUGGUAAUACAAUGGUACAUAACGAUAAAUUACAAAGACCUCAUGCUUUUGGAGAGAAUAUUUUACCUGGCGUAAAUGUCAUUCAGCUAGCACAAAAACCUUGUGGUAUUUGACAAAAUAUUACAUAGAAAAGUAAUGAGAUAAAAGUAUAUUUUUAUUAGGG